UAGCACUGCAGCCCCACGCCGCGUCCUUUCUCUUCCAGCCCCAGUCCUGUGUUUCCCUUCUGCAGGUCCAGCCGGGUCUCUUCCCGCCCUAGCCCGGGCUCCUCCGACCCCAGACCACAGCUCCAGCAGUACCUCUUCUCGCCCCGCCACUAGGAUGUGGGUCCCGGAACCCCGAGGAGUGUCGAGGAUCUUCCUCCUUCUUCUCUCAAGAGCCCUGACCGAAUCCUGGGCGAACCUCCACUCCCUGCGGUACGUCUACACCGCCGUGUCCCGGCCCGGCAGCGAGGAGCCCCGCUUCGUCGUCCUCGGCUACGUGGACGACACCGAGAUCAUGCGCUUCGACAGCGACUCGGCGAGUCAGAGGGCCGAACCGCGGGCGCCGUGGAUGAAGCAGGAGGGAUCCGACUACUGGGAGCGGAGCACGCGGAUCUUCAAGGACACCGCCCAAAAUUUCCAUGUCAGCCUCAACACCCUGCGCGGCUACUACAACCAGAGCGAGGCAGGCUCUCACACUUACCAGUGGUUGUGCGGCUGCGACGUGGGGUCCGACGGGCGCCUCCUGCGCGGCUACAGUCAGUUCGCCUAUGACGGCGCCGACUACAUCUCCUUGAACGAGGACCUGCGCUCCUGGACCGCGGCGGGCAUGCCGGCUCAGAUCACCCAGAGCAAGUGGGAGAGGGGCUCGGUGGCAGAAGAAAACAGGUUCUACCUGGAUGGGGAGUGCGUUGAAGGGCUCGGGCGCUACCUAGAGGAAGGAAAGAAGACGCUGCUGAGGACAGAACCCCCCAGUGGACACAUAACCCACAACCCCUUCUCUGACCAUGAGGUCACCAUGAGGUGCUGGGCCCGGGGUUUCUACCCUGCCAAGAUCACCCUGACCUGGCAGCGUGAUGGGGAGGACCUCACCGAGGACACAGAGCUGGUGGAGACGAGGCCUUCAGGGGAUGGAACCUUCCAGAAGUGGGCGGCUGUGGUGGUGCCUUCUGGAGAGGAGCAGAGAUACACGUGUCAUGUGCAGCACCAGGGACUGCCGGAGCCUGUCACCCUGAGAUGGGAGCCCCCUUCUCAGUCCACCUUCCUCAUUGUGGGCAUCAUAGUUGGCCUGGCUCUCCUCGGGACUGUGUUCACUGGAGCUGUGGUGGCAGCUGUGAUCUGCAGGAGGAAGCGCUCAGAUUGCAAAAAGGAACAAGACUCAGUUUGCAACAACAAAGACCAAGGCUCUGAUGAGUCUCUCAUACAGCCGAAAGUUUGAGAGAGCCAUCUACAUGGGGUUGAGGGUCCCAGGAUUUCCUCACAUCCCCAGUAUGUGGUUCAAUACCCACUGAAUCUCUUUCUACUAAAAGAUCUGACUGUGUGAUUUCCUAUCACAUACUUUGAGGAGGUGGGAGACAAGAUCAACCACUUCCACGAAGAUCUGUUCUCUUUCCUGAUCUACUUUGUUCUUUGGCAGUUCCCACAGAGGUAGAACUUGGCACUGUACAUCCUUUUCUAACUUUCUAUUUUCCAUAAAAAUAAUCAUCAUCCUCAUUUCUAUUACCCGUUGAAAUUUUUCUAAAAAGGUAAAGGUAAAGACCCUCCCGUUGAUCGUCGAUUUGCUCGAGCGGGCCCAGUAAUGUCUCCAUUGGAGACUUUGUUGUUACUGUGUCUGGCAUAUCGAAUACUCUCGGUAGCUUGCCAGGCUCUCCGAGAGGGGAGGAGGAAUCGAACUCGGGUCGGCCAUGUUGGCCGCUUGUAAGGCGAACGCCCUACCCGCUGUGCUAUCGCUCCAGCCCCUAAAAAUUUUUCUAUAGAAAAAAAUUUAAAACAUUAUAUUAAAAUGAGUAGUAACAGGGCUGGAGAGUUAAUAUGGUAGGCAGAUGCUUGCCUUGCAUGCAGCCGACCUGGGUUCAAUCCCCAGGACCCCACAUGGCCCUCCAAGUCCAUCAGGAGUGAUCCUUGAGGCAGAGCCUGGAGUAACUAUCCCUGAGCAUCACUGGGUGUGGCCCCAAUCCCCUCAUCAAAUAAAUAAAUGAAACAAUGUAAUAAUAAACUAAAUAAAA